AUGGCACUGCUGCUAAGUCCAUCAGUGGAAGGGGAGGAACUCUAUUUGUACCUAGCAGUAACCCCGCAUGCUGUGAGCUCAGCAUUGAUAAGAGAGGAAGAUAAAGUGCAAAGACCUGUGUACUAUACAAGCAAGGCAUUGAAAGGAGCGGAAGGACGGUAUCCACAAAUGGAGAAGUUGGCCUUCGCACUAAUCACAGCUUCAAGGAAGCUGAGGCAUUAUUUCCAAGCACAUGUCAUCAAUGUUAUGACAGAUCAUCCUCUCAAAAAGGCAAUGAAUAGGCCGGAAGCUACAGGACGAUUAAUCCAGUGGGCUGUGGAGCUAAGUGAGUUCAAUAUCAGGUAUCAACCAAGGCAUGCCAUAAAAGCUCAAGCCCAAGCAGAUUUUAUUGCGGAGUUUACCCCAAGUCAUAACGAGACAGAGAACAGUAAGAGAUGGAUCGUCCAUGUGGAUGGUUCGUCUACACGGCAUGCAGGAGGAAUCGGUGUGGUCCUGCAGUCCCCAGAGGGAGAUAAACUAAAACACAAAGUCCGUCUACAGUACCAAGCGACAAACAAUGAAGUCGAAUAUGAAGCCCUCCUCAAAGGGCUAGAAUUAGCAAAGUCUGUGGAAGCAAAGUCCAUAUGUGUCAUGGGGGAUUCCCAACUGAUCAUGGGGCAAGUGAAUGGGACGUAUGAGGCGAAGGAAGAACGAAUGAAGAAAUACCUUGGUAAGGUGAUGCACCUUGUGAAAAGGUUUGAAAAAGUUGACUUCGUUCAAAUCUCAAGGGAGGAGAACGUGGAAGCUGAUAUUAUAGCAAAAGAGGCCUCAGCAGAUGAAUCAUUAGAGAAGUCAGAUGAAGUUCAAUAUAUGCCAAGUAUAGAUGCCCAAGAAGUACAGCAGGUGGAUAACAGAGAAAAUUGGAUGACUCCCAUUAUAUCAUACUUGAAAGAUGGACGACUGCCAGAAGAGAAGGACGAGGCUAGAAAGGUGAGGGUGAGGUCAGCUAGAUACGUCCUCAUGAAUGAAGUUCUAUACAAGAGAGGUUUCUCUCAACCUUACCUUAGAUGUUUAGCUCCGGACGAAGCAAACUACGUGCUGAGAGAAGUUCAUGAAGGGGCAUUUGGCAAUCAUUCAGGAGCAAGAUCACUUGUCCACAAGCAACGUCCCCAGGCAACCAUCGGAAUACCUCACCCCAAUGGUGGCACCGUGGCCCUUCGCACAAUGGGAACUGGACAUUUUAGGUCCCUUCCCUUUGGGAGUAAGGCAGAUGAAGUUUCUAGUAGUGGGCAUCGAUUACUUCACCAAAUGGGUGGAGGCAGAACCGUUGGCAAAUAUCACACAACAGAAUGUGAAAAAUUUCGUGUGGAAGAACAUUGUAUGCACAUUUGGAGUGCCGAAGGUAUUGGCGUCUGA